CACGGCUUCUCCAAGCAGCAAAGUCUCAGUCUGCACCGCCUUCGUGUUCUGUUGCUGAAGUACAUCUUUUUUAAGGUCUCGGCCUUGUGGCGCUUGCCUCGCCGUAUACGACUAACGCCACAUUAUGGGCGACUUGCAUAGGACUCCCAGCGAGUUCCCAAUUUCUGAGUAACACAUAAACGGGAGAGGAAUCCUCGAAACUUGCUAAAUCAGGUUGUAGCUUUACAUCUAGGGUAUAACUCUGAGCGUGAACCGCGGAAGCAGACGCAGCCUACAGCUGCCUACGCGUGGCUAAGCUGGUGUUCAACGAUAGUGGUGCCUGCCCUUCCCACUGUUGUGCCGGGAAAGGGUGGUAUUUUUCAGCAGAACAAACUGUGGCGCCCAAUACCAAUUCUAGUCUUCAGACGAGAGGCUCAACUGUAGCCCUCUUCGGCUGUAGGACGAGGACGAUUUGGUCGGAACCGUCCCGGCGCAUUUACUACGUGUCUCCCACCCCAUUCGGGCGACAGGUGGUUAACCGGGUGUAAACCUUCUGUGGGCUGUGAGCGGGGGGGGGGGGUCUGCGCCUGUUGCAAGGUGAGCUUUUUCCCCACUGUCUCUCGUGGUUCUGGUGUUUGCUGCACGCGCGGCGGCAUGGCUACGGACGGGUUGAGAAGCAGAAGCAGAAACGGCGGCAGCGGUUCCUGCGACUCUCGUAGCACCAGCGUCGUAGUCCCCUCAUCCUGUGGCGGGCAACCCCAUCGAGGCUGGGCACAUGAUGGCAAAUCAUUUGUUUGGUGCUUUCUCAUUUUCCGACGAAUUUGCGUUCCUUUUUUCUAUCGUGCACGUUUUCCAGAAUCCGUUUGUUUGAGUCGGUGCCUGGCGUGCGCUGUAUCUCGGAGGCAGGUGUGGGCUAUGCUGCAUAGGCCGGAACAAGACGUCGGAAGCGACAAAAUUGUUUCUCUUAUCCGGUGCCUCCCGUUUCUCGUGUGGGACAGCUCGUUUCGUGAGUUUCCUUGUCCACAGAGACAGCUGUUCUUUUAUUACUUCGGCAUCUGCGCACCGUCCGACGCGCGCAGACUGAUCCCCUCGGUGUCGAGUAUUUCAGUCUCCUCUGGUCUUCGGAGAAGUGCUCUCAGCGGUCUCUCGAGAAGCUCUUGGGAUCAAGUUUCCUCAUCGCCUUCACUUCUCUAGAUACACCAAAUCCACCAUGGCAGCGCGUGCGGGAAGCAGCGGCGUCAGCCGCCGAUUUCUCUUCGUGCUCUUCACGGUUCUUGCUGGUUCCUCGUUCGUGUCCGCCGACGACGCCUUCAUAGACAAUGUGAAGAAGGGUGUCGGUGAACAUAUCGGCGGAACCCCUGUUGACCUUGUCCUGAAUGACCUUUACCCCCUCAUUGUCAAGCAAGGCCUCGGUGGCGUGUUAGGAAAGAUCAUGUACAAGGUCAAGGGUAUAAUGUACUACCGCCUGGCCGACGGUGUCGCCGAUGUUGUCAUGUCGGAGCUGGAGUUCUACCUGUUCGGUGAGAAGGGUGCGAAUCAAUCAUCCUUCAAAGAGCUGCGAAAACUUUACGAAGCCUACAUGCGCAAGUUCUUCGCUGAGUCUCCGGAAGAUCCCGUUGAUGCCCUUACCACAGGUGUCUGGAAGGGGCUGCUGCAGCUUUUCACCGAAAAGCUUCAAGAUGCUUUCCGCGGCAGCCCCAAGGGCCAAAAGAUGGCGGAUUUGCUUUUCGACUCCAACCUCACACUGGUCAAGAGCUGGACCGAUGCCGCUCACCUUCAGAUCAUGCAGCUCUCCUCCAGUUCGGCUCGCGCGAAUGCCCUUCGGCUCCUUCGCGCCAAGCAAAAGAAACCCCUUGCGCGAAAGAACUAGACGAAGGGUCCGACUCGCGCUGUACAUGGGUUCCGUCCAUUCGAUGAGCUAAGUGUGUUUCGCACAUUCGUGUCGUAUGGUGCGGGCCAGCGUUGCACAGAAUUUCCGUUUGAUGUCAGAUGGGAAUAAAGCGCAGUCACUUCCUGGCAGGACUCCGUGUCGACUCCAGGAGGUGACUCGGACAGAGCGGUGUCCUGGACCCCGGGUGCCUCCGUGAGGUUUCAGAGUGGACCAUUCGUGAUAGCCUCCGAGCAGAGGCAUGUCCCGUCUUACCGCCGUCUUUUUUUCCAUUCGUGCAAGAGACUCGCUUGUAUAAUACCACGGCGUUCGCGGAGAACGUCGAAACGAUUGUAAAUUUCCGCCGUCCAUGUCCGUACCCUUUUGUCAGAGACGUGUGUUGUCCCUCGCCGUUCCCGAAAACCGCUGUCACAGUUCACUCUCGGCGUGUUUGAAGAAGGGUGCCGUCGUUGGUUGAAAGGGGUGUGCGCUGUCGUUACUACUAGUCCGUGAGGAGCGACAGUGCACUUUCCUCGAAUGUAUAGAUUUGGCGCAGUUGUUCAGUGCAGUGUUCGUGUUUCCUGCGAAACGGGCCUUAAAAUGUGUGGCCUCGGGCAUUUGUAUUCUAAUUGAAGAAGCGGGGCCUGCGACUACGCAUCGUGUUCGCGGUAACUUUGAACAGCUGUAGACGAACACUCAAUCUCUUGAGGUGGUGAUGUAAGUCGAGUUCGGGUCAGUCCCCGACGAACAAAAAGUCCCAAUCCAGCG